CGACCGCCCUCCCUCCCUCGCGCAGGCGCAAACGCGCUGACGUCACUUCCGCAGCGCCCCGUCACGAUGGAGGAGCUGGGGCUGCUCGGGGAGAAGCCUCAGGACGAUGUCCCGGCCUCGGCCGCCCCCCGGCCCCUGCCCGGCCUCUCCUUCCUGGUGCCCGAGCCCGAGGACCUGGAGGAUCUGUACAGCCGGUACAAGAAGCUGCAGCAGGAGCUGGAGUUCCUGGAGGUGCAGGAGGAGUACAUCAAGGACGAGCAGCGCAACCUCAAGAAGGAGUUCCUGCACGCGCAGGAGGAGGUGAAGCGGAUCCAGAGCAUCCCCUUGGUCAUCGGGCAGUUCCUGGAGGCCGUGGACCAGAACACGGCCAUCGUGGGCUCCACCACAGGCUCCAACUACUACGUGCGCAUCCUGAGCACCAUCGACCGCGAGCUGCUCAAGCCCAACGCCUCGGUGGCGCUGCACAAGCACAGCAACGCCCUGGUGGACGUCCUGCCGCCCGAGGCCGACAGCAGCAUCAUGAUGCUGACCUCAGACCAGAAGCCGGACGUUGUCUACGCCGACAUCGGUGGCAUGGACAUCCAGAAGCAGGAGGUCCGCGAGGCCGUGGAGCUGCCGCUGACCCACUUCGAGCUCUACAAGCAGAUCGGCAUUGACCCCCCCCGGGGGGUGCUCAUGUACGGCCCCCCCGGCUGCGGGAAGACCAUGCUGGCCAAGGCGGUGGCCCACCACACCACCGCGGCCUUCAUCCGCGUGGUGGGCUCGGAGUUCGUGCAGAAGUACCUGGGCGAGGGCCCGCGCAUGGUGCGCGACGUUUUCCGCCUGGCCAAGGAGAACGCGCCGGCCAUCAUCUUCAUCGACGAGAUCGACGCCAUCGCCACCAAGCGCUUCGACGCCCAGACCGGCGCCGACCGCGAGGUCCAACGGAUCCUCCUGGAGCUCCUGAACCAGAUGGACGGCUUCGACCAGAACGUCAACGUCAAGGUGAUCAUGGCCACCAACCGCGCCGACACGCUGGACCCGGCGCUGCUCCGGCCCGGCCGCCUGGACCGCAAGAUCGAGUUCCCGCUGCCCGACCGGCGGCAGAAGCGCCUCAUCUUCUCCACCAUCACCGGCAAGAUGAACCUGUCCGAGGAGGUGGACCUGGAGGAUUACGUGGCGCGGCCGGACAAGAUCUCAGGGGCCGACAUCAACUCCAUCUGCCAGGAGGGUGGCAUGCUGGCCGUGCAGGAGAACAGGUACACGGUGCUGGCACAGGUGGCACAGGUGUGGCUGUGGGUGGCACAGGUGACACUGAGGUGGCUGUAACUCGGUGUAGGUGGCACUGAGGUGUCCCAGGUGACACACAGGUGACACUGAGGUGACAAAUGUGCCAUCCCCAGGGUGGCACGCUGGCCGUGCAGGAGAUCAGGUACACGG